GGAAUCAAAUGUGAAAUUAUAAGCAUUGUUCAUUACUCACAAUGGUAGCUCACUUGACAAAACAUAUUAAGUUGCAAAUCUGAAUGACAUGGUUCGGGCGUCGGUGAAGGUCGGUUCGGCCAAGCUCGCCGUCAUCUGCGUCGGCCUUCUAGGUUUCGCUCUCGUCGCCGACUUCCUCUGGGCUUCCUCUUCCUCCUCCUCCAUCUGGACCUCCAAACCUUCCACCACCACCAUCGUCGUUCCCAAUAAACCAGACAAGAACAAGAAAGAUGCUGGAAGAGUCCUUGCAGCAGCGUACGCCGAUUUACCCGGUCCCCAACUCACCUGGCAAAAGAUGGCACCGUCACCCGUCCCUCGUCUCGACGGAGCUGCAAUCCAGAUUCGGAAUCAUCUAUUCGUCUUCGCUGGCUACGGCUCCAUCGAUUCUGUACAUUCACAUGUUGAUGUAUAUAAUUUUAGUGAUAAUACUUGGGGAGAAAGAUUUGAUAUGCCUAAGGAAAUGGCACAUUCACAUUUAGGGAUGGUGACUGAUGGAAGGUAUAUUUAUGUGGUUACUGGACAGUAUGGUCCUCAAUGUAGAGGUCCUACGGCGCGUAAUUUCGUGCUUGACACUGAAACAAAGCAAUGGGAAGAUCUUCCUCCCUUGCCAGUUCCUAGAUAUGCACCAGCAACUCAACUAUGGAGAGGCAGAUUGCAUGUGAUGGGCGGAAGUAAAGAGAAUCGACAUACACCUGGAUUAGAACACUGGAGUCUUGCUGUGAAGGAUGGAAAAGCAUUAGAAAAGGAGUGGAGAAGUGAGAUACCCAUUCCCCGUGGAGGACCUCACAGAGCUUGUGUUGUAGUUGAUGAUCGUCUCUAUGUUCUUGGUGGUCAAGAAGGUGAUUUUAUGGCCAAACCUGGGUCUCCUAUUUUUAAGUGCUCACGCAGGUUGGAGGUAGUCUAUGCUGAUGUUUACAUGUUGGAUGAUGAAAUGAAGUGGAAAGUGCUACCUUCAAUGCCAAAACCAAACUCACAUAUUGAAUUUGCUUGGGUGGUUGUAAACAAUUCCAUUGUCAUUGUUGGUGGCACGACAGAGAAGCACCCUGAAACUAAGAAGAUGGUUUUAAAUGGAGAAGUAGUCCAGUUUAACCUUAAUACUUUGAAGUGGUCCGUGGUUGGAAAAUUACCUUACCGGGUAAAAACCACGCUAGUUGGAUUUUGGGAUGGAUGGUUGUACUUCACUUCAGGACAGCGAGACAAGGGACCAGAUGAUCCAUCUCCCAAAAAAGUUAUUGGGGAGAUGUGGAAGACAAAAUUACAAUUGAAUGACUGAGCAAUUGAUGUGGAAUUUUUUAGUAGCCUGUUAUUUCUCCAAAAGUGCAGCAGAGAUGAAGAGGCCAAAAUAGUUACACAUUCUUUAUCAUAAAGAAUAUUCAUUGUUGUAAUUUACUAGUAAUGACUGUAAUUGAAUUCAACAUUAAUAGAUGUCGUCAUUUGUCACCGAUGUUUUGCAAAAUUUUACUAACUGGUUUUUGUACUAUAUAUUUAUUUGCUGCCUAUCCAUCUUUUCAAGUAAAUAUUAGAA